GGAUUUAAAGCUGCGGAUCCAGCUGUGGGUCCAGCUGUGGGUCCAGCUGUGGAUGACGGAGGGACCUGUGCACGACGGAGGGACCUGUGCGCUCUGCAGACUCUGCCUGACCUCACGCACCCACACGAACAUACACACACACACACCUCCUCCUGCUCCUCCGGCUGCCACCAUGCGGGAACCCCGCAGCUGGACCCGGAGGUUCGGGCCUGCGGUCCGCGGCAGACCGGUCACCUACACUGGGGAGAAGAAGGCGCAGCUGGCGGCCAGCGCCAACCGGAAGUGGGUGAGGCUGGCCACAGUGGCGGCGUACGUGCUGAGCGUGUCCGUGGCCGCCGUGGUGCUCGCGGUGUACUACAGCCUCAUCUGGAGACCCGGACCCGGGCAGAGCCGGGACCGGACCGGGAGCCCCGGGGCCGAGCACAGCCGGGGAAAGCCCUCCGAGUGUGACGUCGAUACUGACGGUGACGCCACUGAUAACAGAUCGAUGGCUGAUCGCUUACUUGCUGACGGUCACGUACCCGUCACCGCUCUGAGCGCGGAGGUGUCUCCGGUCCUCGCCCCCGGACCCACCGGACCUCCAGGGGCCGGGCAGGGCUCCACCUCUCCGGCCGCCGUCACCGCGGAGGAUCCGUCCAACCUGCCGACCCACCGCGUCGCCCUACACCGGGAGCCAGCGCCCUCCGCCAGCUGGCCGGAGGCGGACUCCGCCGGGUCCGGGUCCGAGGACUUUACUGGAUACCAGUGAACCCUUUCACAAUAAAAGCUCCUGUGGACGCUGAGAGAAGUCUUCCAUCGGACCAGUUAUUGAUCGAGCGCGAUGAUUUAUGACUUAUUUUUAUUGAUUAUUGUUCAGUUUGUGUUUCUCUGAGCUGCUCAUUAAAGGAGCAUUUCUACAAUAAACGAGUUUCUGUACA